AGGCGGCGCGGGGCGUCGGCGGGAGGAUGGAGCGGAUGCCCGCGGGCGCCGCCGUGGCCCUGCCGGGGGGUCCUCCUGGCGCCCCCUGCGGGCCGUGGGAGAUGCGGGAGCGGCUGGGCAGCGGCGGCUUCGGCAACGUGGCGCUUUACCAGCACCGGGACCUGGGCGCGAAGGUGGCCAUCAAGUCCUGCCGCCUGGAGCUGAGCGUCAGGAACAAGGACCGCUGGUGCCAGGAGAUCCAGAUCAUGCAGAAACUGAACCAUCCCAGUGUGGUAAAAGCCUGUGAUGUGCCUGAAGAAAUGAAUUUCCUUGUAAACGAGGUCCCCCUUUUAGCUAUGGAGUACUGCUCUGGAGGAGAUCUGAGGAAGUUAUUAAACAAGCCUGAAAAUUGCUGUGGACUCAAGGAGAGUCAGAUCCUUUCUGUGCUUAGUGACAUCGGGUCUGGCAUCCAGUACUUACAUGAAAACAGAAUAAUACACAGAGACCUGAAACCUGAAAAUAUUGUUCUUCAGGACGAAGGCGGAAAGAUAAUUCACAAAAUCAUAGACUUGGGAUAUGCCAAAGAUCUGGAUCAAGGGACUUUAUGCACAUCUUUUGUUGGGACCUUACAGUAUUUGGCCCCCGAACUCUUUGACAAUAAGCCCUACACAACUUCUGUGGACUUCUGGAGCUUUGGAACUGUGGUCUUUGAGUGCAUUACAGGAUUUAGACCAUUUUUACACAAUCAGCAGCCUUUCACCUGGCAUGAGAAGAUCAGAAAGAAGGAUCCCAAAUUCAUCCAUGCCUGGGAAGAGAUGAACGGCGAUGUUCGAUUCAGUGCUCAUUUGCCGCAGCCCAACAGCCUCUGCAGUGUCAUUGUGCCCGAAAUGGAGAGCUGGCUGCAGCUGAUGCUGAAUUGGGAUCCGCAGCAAAGAGGGGGAGGUUCAGAUCUGGCAGUGGGUCAGUUGAGAUGUUUCCAAUUAAUGGAUCUUCUUUUAGGCUUGAAAAUAGUCCACAUCUUGAACAUGACUUCUGCCAAGAUCCUGUCUUUUCAGUUGCAUCCGGAGGAAAGUCUCCACUCCCUCCAGUGUCGGAUUGAGUCUGAGACGGGCAUCAGCACCGUCAACCAGGAGCUUCUGCUGGAGAUGGGGAUUUGCCUGGACCCCCGGAAGCCGGCCUCUCAGUGUAUUAUCGAUGGUGUAAGAGGCUGGGAUAGCUACAUGGUUUAUUUGUUCGAUAAAAGCAAAACUAUAUACGACGGCCCCUUCGCUUCCAGGAGUCUGUCUGAAUGUGUAAACUGCAUUGUACAGGACAGCAAAAUUCAGUUGCCCAUUUUGCGUCUUCGUAAGAUAUGGGCUGAAGCUGUGCAUUACGUAAUGGGACUAAAAGAAGAUUACAGUCGCUUGUUCCAGGGGCAGAGAGCUGCAAUGCUGAGUCUUCUUCGAUACAACGCCAACUUAACCAAAAUGAAAAACAACCUGGUAUCGGCAUCGCAGCAACUGAAAGCAAAACUGAAGUUCUUUCAGCAGAGCAUCCACCUUGACUUGGAAAAAUACAGUGAUCAGAUGACCUAUGGGAUAUCCUCAGAAAAAAUGCUGAAAGCCUGGAAAGAGAUGGAGGAGAAGGCCUUGCAGUGUGAACAGGCUGGAGACAUCGGCUGCCUCGAUGACCAGAUCAUGGCUCUGCACACAGAGAUUGUCGAACUGCAGAGGAGUCCCCACGCACGACGGCAAGGCGAGAUCAUGGAAAAUCUUGAACAAAGAGCUAUAGAACUCUACAAGCAGCUAAAGCCCAGGGCCCCAGAUAACUCCUACAGUGACAGCACAGAGAUGGUGAGGAUCAUCGUCCAGACAGUGCAGAGCCAGGACUGGGUCCUGAAGGAACUCUACAGACAUCUCAGCAAGCUGUUAGGUUGUAAGCAGAAGAUUAUUGAUUUGCUGCCAAAGAUCGAAGUAGCUCUGAAUAAUAUCAAGGAGGCCGACAGUUCCGUGAUGCAGAUGCAGGGGAAGAGACAGCGGGAAAUCUGGCAUUUGCUAAAAAUAGCUUGCACUCAAAGCUCUGCUAAAUCGGCUAGUUCCAGCGUAGAGGCAUCUGCAGCAUCCGCAUGGCUCUCGCAGACAGCUCCAGGAAACGUGUUUCAGCCUCUUUCUUCUAUGGCAGCCUCUAGAAACGAGGCUCCCUUUUCACAAUUGCUUGAAGAAAAUCUCAGCUUUCUCAGCAGUUUUAGUUCAAUUAUACAAGAUGCCGCAAGUGACCGGAACAGCAGCAUGAUGAGUCUUGAUUGGAGUUGGCUGAAAUAGUGGAGUGUAGCAAGCAGAAUGCCAAGACCCGCAUUCAAGAGGCGGAGGAUUGCUGCCACCUCUCUGCAGAUUAUGGGCCGCAGCGCCUCACGAGCAUCUCUUCCUUCCUGAAUUGACCAGCAAACCUUAAUGGCUACUGGACCUGCCGGAGUUGCUUGUGGCAGUGGAAGUCCUUCUGCGCCCACAUUGGAGUGGUCCCUGCUCUCUUAAAAUCAGAGCCAUCUGGCUGCUGUAAUGCAAGUCCCAACAUCCCCACCCCACCCCACACACACACACCAAGCCACAGGCAAGAUACUACCACCCUUUGCAUUUAAAAGAACCUUCCUCAGAGAUUGAGAUGGUGCAUCUUCCAGGUCACCUGGUGAUCUUGGAACAUGGCUGGCUUCCUCCUCAGCAGUCCAGAUGGAAUAUCCCCUCCCUUAGAGCCCAGGAUGGAAAACCCUGAAAGUGUCCUGCACCAUAACAGAUUCCUAAAGCAUAUGAAGAUGUCAAUGAAAGAGAAGGCCUGCAACAAGAGGCCCCUUUGUAAAUAUUUUAGCUUGCGCUGUUUGAAUCAGUGCCUCUUCUGCUCUAGGUCAUCUAGAGAUUAUUGGUGCUUUUCUUCCUUUGAAGCAUCAUAGGGUAAAAUUUGUUGUACAUUGGCCAUGUUAAUGUUUUGUGUUUUUAAGUGAUUUAUGACUUCACCUGAAAGAGAUUGGUUAAAAAAUGAAAAAGUUAAUAAAAUGUCUGUCAGCA